CGGAGGCGGAAGUGACGUUUUGUGUUGUGGCACUGGGAGAUGGCGUUUGAUGAUUUGGGGGUAAACAGAAUGCUGGGCCUACUAAUAGGAAACAAAUGGUAUGCUUGGGUUUGUUUGGCUUUACUCAGCGUUUUCAGGGCCGGUAUCGCCGCGGAGGUGUCUAAAUGGAGCAUUCCUGUUACCGAGCUCAAUUCUAAUUAUACAUUCAGGAAGACUCUUUUCAAUGGCAGCACUAUUUUUUUAAAAUUUCUUGAUGGGAAGAAUACGUGUGAUCCCUCAUUGACUUUUAACAUUUCAUGGUACCUCAGGUAUUCACACUGCUACAAUGAAGUCUUCAACAUGCCAGAUGGGCAAAGUAUCGUUUACUUUGAAAAUAAUCGUGAAGUUCAUGAUGGAUGGUCAGGAAGCUAUGCACAGAAUUUUAUUGUUGACAACUGCACAGAGCUCUUGAAGCCGCAGUUGUACCAGCCAUCUGUAAUCCAUGUGAAGAAAUUGCAGCCCCUGAAAGAGAAUCCAAGAAACAUUCAAGAUGACAAUAAAGAUAAUACAACAACUGAAGUAAUUUCAUCUCCCCACUCUACAUCUGAGAGGACUGGCUUGUUCACAAGUUGGGAAGAUGGGCCGUAUUUAUUUAUACUUAAAAUACAGGCAUCGCAUAAAGAUUCAAAGAAAGAAGAGAACAGCCAAGGCACAAUAUCUGCUGCAAACGUAGCUCAGCAGAGGACCAAAAAAAUGGAGGAAAACUCUAAGGUCAAGUCUGUGCCAGCAGAGCAAAAUCACCUAUCACUCACAAUGGUUGUGGAAAUGAAAGGGCAAUAUGAUUUCAUCUCCCCUGCAGACUGGCCACUAAUGAUGUUUUUCAUGGUGAUGUGCAUUAUGUACGUGCUGUUUGGGGCACUUUGGCUGGUCUGGUCUGCGUGCUACUGGAGGGACCUCCUACGCAUUCAGUUUUGGAUUGGAGCAGUCAUCUUUCUGGGAAUGCUGGAGAAAGCUGUCUUUUAUGCAGAGUUCCAGAGCAUCCGAUACAAGGGUCAAUCAGUGCAAGGAGCAGUGAUUUUUGCAGAAUUACUUUCUGCGCUGAAGCGUUCUCUUGCUCGUGUUCUGGUCAUCAUAGUCAGUCUUGGAUAUGGAAUUGUGAAGCCACGUCUGGGAGCCAUGCUGCACAGAGUAGUUGGUGUUGGCGUUCUCUAUUUAAUUUUCUCAGCAAUUGAAGGGAUUCUUCGAGUCACAGGAGAGAAUUUCGACUUGGCCCUUCUGGCUUUUAUCCCUCUGGCUGUUCUCGACACUGCCCUUUGCUGGUGGAUCUUCAUCAGCUUGACACAAACCAUGAAGAUGCUGAAGUUGAGAAGGAAUGUUGUGAAACUUUCUUUAUACAGGCAUUUCACAAACACACUCAUCUUUGCUGUCAUAGCGUCAAUCUUUUUCAUUAUUUGGACAACCAAGAAGUUCCGGCUGGCAGACUGUCAAUCAGACUGGAGAGAACGGUGGAUAGAUGAUGCAUUCUGGCGAUUGUUGUUUUCUGUCAUUCUACUGGUCAUAAUGAUCUUAUGGAGACCUUCGGCAAACAAUCAAAGGUUUGCUUUUUCCCCUCUGGCAGACGAUGAUUAUGAUGAUGAACUAAAAGAACCAAUGCUGAACGAAGCUUUUGAGGGAAUGAAGAUGAGGGGCACAAAAACAGAGUCUAAUGGCUCUGCAAAACUUAAUAAAGUGGAUGAAGAUCUGAAAUGGGUUGAAGAGAAUGUUCCGUCUUCCAUGGCAGAUGUUGCACUUCCGGCACUUCUCGACUCAGAUGAGGAAAUUAUGACGACAAAAUUUGAGAUUUCAAAAAUGGAGUAAAAAUUACAUGAACACAAAACAUUGCACUUGUUCUUGAAAUAAUAACUGUCGAGGAAAAGAUGUCUUCAGACUGCACAAAGCACCGAAACUGUACAGUGUCACAUGACUUCACUGGGAUUGGGUGGGCAGAGGUGUGUUUUAUACUUGGAUAAAGUAAAAUUCUGUUUAUUUUAAAUGACUAAAUUAUUUUGCUAGUGCUUGCCAUAAGGUGUCUAGUUUGGGUAAAAUUAUGUUCUUUGUUCCAGUAAAAUAGCUGGUCUGCUGCUAUUCCUAAGCAAAAAGUGUUACACAGAGGUCAAAGUUGCAAGUCAACACUACCCAGCUGAUGUUAUUUCUUACUUUCCAACUCCUCUUUGCCAAAUGAAGUGAAAAAUAGGGCUGCCUAUGUACUCCGUGCCAGGUUUCUCACUAACAUGCAGGCAGUACACUGGAGAUGUUGUAUUACCACUAGUCCUGUGCAACUCCAGAGAAUUAUUUCCUGUUCCCAGGAUACUUCUGGUGAUAAUUUGUGUAUAAUUCCAGGAAAGAGGUCAGUUUAGUAGUUUCUAGAGUGUACAUUUGGAUUUGAGGAGCUGACUGCCAGUAAUGCUGGCAGAUGGACUGUGCAUUUAGCUUCAAUUGGCAGAAAAAUUAAGUCUGUAAAUCUGGUGUUGGAGAAGUUUGCUAAAACUAUCAAGGCAGCCUUAUUGUGAUUAUCUUGUUUUCAAAUCAAAUAAAAUUGUAUGGGUGAAAUUCUA